AUGGACAACUCGAUUUGGAACGCUUUAUGCAAACAGCCAACACUCAAAGCCUCGUCUCAAAAAUAUGCACAGCUUGUCUACGAAUCAACCACACAACUCCAUCAAUCCAUUCAAUCGAUCUUGUCAGCUUUGGAUCGACGCGCCAUUGGCUUCACAAAGUGCGCCAACUUUGAAUCGGCUCUUCAUGAUGCCAAAGCUAUGCAAAAGCUAUCGCCUUCUUCACCACUUGGAUAUAUACGAGAAGCCAGCAUUUACAGCGAGCAAGGAAAACAGCUUCAAGCCAUUCGUGUAUGCGACAAAGGGAUGACGAAGGUGGAUGUCAUGGAUACGCAUUAUGAUGAACUGCAACGAGCCAAAAUGGAUGCUGAACAACGCCAAAACACACGCAUCGACUUUAUCAGCCAACUGCCUGUCGAUAUUGUGAUGACAACACUUAUUCCCAUGAUUACGAAUGGUUGUCUUUCGAAUUCAUCAAAGUCAAUCCCUUGCUUGUAUGUAUCAAACGUAUGGCGUGAUAGUAUUAUCAAAUGCUUUGGCGGGUUGCACUUUGACAUUGGAGAUGAUACUUACGCUGAUCUUCCAAAACUCGCUCCAUUUAUUCACCAUAUCAAGGAAACGGAGGUUCAUGGAUACUCGAAUGACCCGUGGCUUGCAGAUUUACUACGCGAUAACGAUUUCUGUUCGUUAAAGACAUUAUUCAUUAAUGGCUGCGCGGGGUAUUGCAUUGAUGGCUUGGUGCCAUCAUUCAAGUCCAUCGGCAACACUUUGACAACUCUCCAAAUUGGGCACGAUGACGAUAUAACAUUACCGAUAGGCGACGUUCUAAUCAACUGCCCCAAUCUCGAGUCACUCGCGAUCACCCAACCAAGUGCUACGAAUAUCAGAUCCCUUCCAAAGAAAACAUGGCCCAAGUUGACAUCAUUAAUUAUCGAAUCGAUUGAGAACGACGUCAUUUCCUGUCGAGAAGUCAUGGCUAUUGGCAAACGUUUUCCAUCGCUCAAGAAGCUACAAUUUUCUCCAUGUGAAGAUGUUGCAUCAAUACGCGUUGUCUUGGAUCAUUACCCCUGGAUUAGCAACCUUACCCUGGCACAGCAUGCGAUACUGUACCUUGAUCGAUAUGCCAACCAUACCAAGUUGAAAGAACUCGUGAUUUCUGUCGACACCGUGGCUGAUACCGACAAUGUGCUAGAUGCAGUCCUUCACCUUGGUCAACUUGAACGCUUGAAGAUUCUAUUUUCUCGUGCUUGGAAGUCCACUCAAGUGCAAGGCUUUCUUGAUAGGCUUAGUGAAGCAUGCCCAAAUUUAUCAAGCCUUGCGAUCACCUGCGACAACGCCCCAUCUACGCAAUCAAUCAAUACUUUGAAAAGACUUGAUCACUUGGAGGAACUUGGGUUUUCAAUUAAAGGAUUGGAUCACGAUGACGGCUUUUGGCAAGCAAUUAAAACCUUUUCGCAGCUCAAAUGUAUUCAUGUCCACCCUGGAAAGUCAAUCAACAGACACCGCCGUAGUAGUCUCCAGAAGCAAAGGCCUGAUUUGAAAAUUAUCGUCCAGACUAGACAUUUCGAAGGAUGGUAA